UGUUAAUAGAAUGAUGAUACUUACUAUAUAAAUUCUUUUGGUUGUUUAUUUAUAGAUGUUGUUGCCACCAGUCCUAAAAAAGCGAUAUAGUUUAAAGGGAAUGAAACUAGUUCAAGUAAUCAAACGCAUAAGACCAGGGCAGCCGGAAUCAGUAAAAGGAUUAGCUAGAAUGAAUAAAGAGCUGAAAACUGAAAAUUUGAACAUGGAGGAGAUAGCGCAACAUGUAAAGGUGCUUACUGGGGAGGACUUGGAUGAAAUUUGCCAGUUGUCUGGGAGAAGUGAUGACGAUGUGGGUGAGGCCAGGUGGAUCCUCCACUCACUGAUUAUAUAUGCAAAUGAGUUUGGACAGCCGAAGGGUCAAGAUCUGCAGGUUUCGGAAGGAGACUCUGCUCCAAUACAAAGUACUUCUGAUAUGGACACUCAACCAAAGGCUGGAAAAGGAAAACCCGACGUGUCCACUGAGAGUGAUAGCUUAGAGGAUAGGAUAGCUUCCUUGGGGAAAAAAGACCAAAGUUGAAAUAAUAACAGAGCUGAAGGACAAGGUGAG